CUGUUAACAUCCGCCCGAGACUUUGACUCGCUUUUUGUGUCCGUGACAAUGGCCACGCGACCGGCAACCCUCUCCCCGGCCGUCCUAGUCGUGUACCCGGCGACCCUGGUUCUGGGGUCCCUAUUUUCGGUCAUUUCACCAACAGCGCGAGCUACUAGACAGCCCUCCUACUCCUCACAAACCCCAGACCCGCUAUCCCCGUCAGUCCAUUCGGACAUACAUCAUUCAGACAGCCCCGUCAACUACUUUGCGCGAAAGAACAAUGUCUUCAAUGUUUACUUUGUUAAAGUCGGCUGGCUGUGGACGACCCUCGCGUUUGCAUCGCUCCUCCUCUUCCAACCCGCAUACCGCUCCUCCCAGUCCUCCCGCCAAUCCCCUCAGUCCCAACAGCAACAACCCAUCCGCCUACGCCGCUACCUCCAAGCCUUUCUUCGCUACGCGCUGGCAACGGCUGUCUGGUACCUGAUGACACAGUGGUUCUUUGGCCCGCCAGUCAUCGAUCGCAGCUUCAUGGUUACGGGCGGAAAGUGUGAACAGGCUCUCGGUCAAGUGAAGAAGAUUGGUGCGGAGUCCGGGAGCCCCUCGGCCCAGCUGGAGACUCUUUUCACGGCUGCUGCCUGCAAAGCUGCCGGUGGUGCGUGGAGGGGCGGGCAUGAUAUCAGUGGACAUGUGCUGAUGCUGAUUCUCGCGACUGCGAGUUUAGCUUUUGAGGCCGUCGGCGCAGGUGCGUCUCCUUUUUCUGUGCGCUCGGGGCGCCCUAUCGGGGAGGGAGGACGCGAGCGGAAGGCAAGCGACCCCGAAGCCCCCUGGACAGGCGAGUCAAACGGCACAGAGGGAGUGGCGAGAACCUGGUCGGCGCGUCUAGUCUGGGGAGUUGUGGUGCUGGGGUGGUGGAUGCUCUUCAUGACUGCCAUUUGGUUCCACACAUGGUUUGAAAAGUGGACUGGUUUGAGCGUCGCCUUGGGCGCUGUAUAUGCCAUUUACAUACUGCCCCGCAAGGUUCCGGCGUGGCGAGACAUUGUUGGUGUUCCGGGGGUAUAG